AUGUCAAAUUAUCCGUCUCUACCAACACCUCAAGUACCUGUUAUUAAUCCAAUGAUGAAUAAACUGGACGAUCUUAUUGGGAAAUUAUCUGAGGUUAAAGAUCAUCUAGCUAACUUAUCUUCUAAAUAUGACAAAUUUGAAGAAUUCAUGAAGGAUAAAAAUCAAAAUGACGAACACAUUAAAGAAAAUUUAGCUACAUUAUCAAAUUAUAGUUCUGAAUUAAAAAAGAAUGUUAUUCACAAUAGCUUACUAAUUAAUCGUCAUGAAAAUUUAUUUAUUAAAUUAAUUUUACCAAUGCUGGAAGAUGUAUUCUCUUUAUUUGCUGCUCAAAUUAUCGACAAACAAGGUAAUUCACUUGAUAAAAGGGAAAAUAAAAAUGGCGGUGUAUUAGUACUAGUUAAAGAAGGGAUGACAGCUAGUAGAGUUACUUGUAAGAUUCCAAACGUUUGUGUAGUUGAUAUUAAAGGAAAAGAAGAGUUUAGAUUACUUGGUGUGUAUGCACCUGAUAGUAAAAAUUGGUCAUGGGAUGAUCUUUCCCCCUUUUUAUCUAAGAAAUGUAUUAUUUAUGGCGAUUUUAAUAUUGAUAUUAUAAAAGAUGGAACGAAAGCCGAUCCUCUUCUUCAGUGGACAGAUGAGCAAUUUUUAGCCCCUAUCAUUCCUAACUCUCGAACUUCGUUGCGUUCUGAUAGAGUGAUCGAUUAUGCUUUAGUACGUGGUUUUAAUUUAGAUAUUCAAACCUAUAAGGGAAAGACAACAAGUGAUCAUCUUCCUAUAAUUUCUGUAAUUCCUUUGAAUAUCUCUCAGCAAACGUUUGGAAAAAAGAUUCAUUGGGAAGUUUUCUCACUUUUCUCCGAAUAUACUUUUUCCUUUUGGGAAGAGAAUUGGAAUCUCGAUUCUAUGGAUCAUACAUAUAAUGAUUAUAUUCGUUUUUUAUCUCUUCUAUCAACGCGUUGUACGACGUUUUUUCGAUUAGAUAAAUAUCGUUCAGCUUUACCCGUCGAAAUAAGAUCGUUCUUAUCUUAUAUUAGAGCACUUUCCUUUAGGCACUUAAGAACGAAAUGUCCUAUGUUAAAAAAGGAGGUAUUAUUCUUGAAAAGAAUUGCCAAAAAUGAACUGGAUCGUUUUUUCUCCUCUCAAUUGGAUUAUCAUCUUCGUGUUCGAAAUUCUUCUUCUUCUGCAGCUAGUUCCUUUUGGUACAGAAGUAAACGUUUUCUUAAAUCUUCAUCAUCUUCUCUGAAUGCUCUUAUUGAUACAUCUGGACAGAUAAUUAGAGAAAGUGAACUUAUGUGUGAUAUUGCAGCAGAUUAUUAUGAAACUUUUUUUAAAAGUUCAAAUAUUAUUAGACCUCAUCCAUAUACUGAUUCUCCUGCUAUUAAAUUUGAUAAUAGCGAUGAAAUUAUUCCUGAAGUGAAACUUGAGGAAUUAGUUAACUAUAUUCAUGCUAAACGUAAAAAGAAAUCCGUCGAUGCUCAUGGCAUCUCGAACUAUAUGUUCAACUAUCUUCAUAUCGAACAUUGGUCUUUGUUGCUUAAACUCUUCAAUCUUUCUUUUCAGAAAUCUAUUUUACCUUCAGCCUGGAAAGAUACUCGUGUAAUACUACUAGCUAAAAAAGAAUCCAUUUGUCCACCUUCAUUAACUCGACCUAUCUCAUUACUUGACUCAUUUCAAAAAGUUGGAGAAAAACUUUUUCUUACACGUUUUCGGGAUCUUCUCUCCAGGAGAGGUCUUUUGCCAGAUAAUCAAUCGGGAUUUCGUGAAGGAUUUAGAUUACAAUCGCGUCUACUACUUUUUCUUGAAGAUAUGUAUAGUCUUAUGUCGAAUAGUGCACCUGUCAGUACAGUUUUCGUUGAUUUUCGUGCUGCAUUCGACCAAUUAUGGUUUCUCGGAUGUAUAGGGAAACUACGGAAUUUAGGUAUUCCUAAAGCGUAUUUAGAUUGGAUUGAAGCUUGGUUGUUGAACAGGAGAUGUUUUAUCGAAAUCAAUAAUAAACGAUCUCGAUGGUUUUCUAUAGAAAAAGGGGGCCCUCAAGGUAGUGUUUUAACUCCUACGUUAUUCAUCUCCUUCAACUGUGAUAUGGGUAGUUCAUUACCAGGAUGUAUCAGUCAUUUUUUCGCUGAUGAUUUAGCUGGAAUUAUAUCUGGACAAUUAGGAAUAAAAUAUUCUGCUCAAUGUCUCGAUCUGGAAAAGCGUCUUAAAGUUUUUCUCGAUCAUCUUGAAUAUUAUUCGUGUCUAACUGAUCAACCUAUUAAUACGAAUAAAACAGAGGCUUUAUUUAGCGCACGCGCGAUUGGUUUUCCUAAGUUUAAUCUUCAUUUUAAUUAUGGUUCUAAAGAAAAAAUUAACUGGGUCCCAGAGUAUAAAUACCUUGGUUAUGUAAUUUCAUCUAAACUAGGUUGGGGAUCUUAG